CCCCGCCCCCGCACUACAUCUCCCAGCGGGCCCCGCGCCGCGCACGCGCAGUGCCAGAGCCGCCGGCCGGGAAGCGGCAGCGCCGGGAGCCGCCGGGAGCCACGAUCCCCCAAAAGAAGAUGGUGUAAAGCCAGCCAGCGCAGCUGCUACGUGCCCAGACCCCAGGAAGGAACAUGGCAGCGGCUCAGGGAGCAGGAAGCAGCGUGGCCGGGCCGUCCGGAGCCCCCGCCUCUGUCCCGGGGCACGGCAGCACCCCGGUGGUGGCGGUGUGGGAAUGGCAGGAUGAAUUCGGCCGGUGGAGGCCGUACCGAGGCAACGUGUGCAGCUACAUCGAGCAGGUUCUCCAGGCCUCUCAGCAGAAGGGCCGGCGUUCGGGGUCGGGCCUCGUCAGCAGCAUCCCUCUGGGACACGCGGAUGCCGUCUUGGCCCCCUACGUCAUCGACAUCCCGAGCAUGACGCAGUUCCGGCAGGACACAGGGACGAUGCGGGCGGUCCGCAGGCACCUCUUCCCCGGGAGCUCGGCGGCCGGGCAGGGCAUCGUCUGGGAGUGGCAGAACGACGAAGGCGGCUGGUCCCCCUACGAGAUGAGCGUCUGCGAGGUCCUGGAGCAGGCCCGUGCCACCAACCACCAGCGGGUCGAUCUGGCGCCCUUCGGCUACAACUACGACGUCGACCUGGUGGCCCAGGUCCAGACCAACAAGACCACGAGGUUCCGCCGCGGCGUGCAGCGCCGCUUGGACUCCCCGUACCCGGUGACGUCUGCCUCGGCCCCCGGCCACGCCGGGGUGGGUUGCUCUUGCCAGCAGUGCUGGCUCAACGGGGGGACUGGCCCCAUCACCACGCGGUACCGGCACUCCAUGACAAACUUCCCCAACUCCUCCGCCACGCAUCAGGUUUCCGGCAGGACGACGUCCGCCAGUUCUUCCGGCGUGGGCUUUGUGCCCUACAACAAACCGACUUUGUCCGCCGUGAGGUCGACGCCGAGACUCAACGCGCAGAGCACCUGGGCUUUGCCUCAAGCUGGGGGCCCCAGCACAGGACUGUCCGCACCCAACGGAGUCAGUGCCCCGAGCCUGCCGGUCAAGAUGUCCAAACCCAGCAAAGUGAGCCAGGCUUUGGCAGGCAUGACGGCUAUUCUGAUGUCAGCCGCUGGACUCCCCGUGCACCUCACCUGUGUGCCGCAAGCUGCCAGCACCCAUAAAGCCACUAAAAAACACAGCUCAGUUAAGGAGGGGAGGAAAGUGUCCAAGAAAGCGACGCUGACUGAGCCAGAAGCGGUGGUGAGGAAGUACCUGGAGGAGCUGAAGGGCACUCCUGAUGAGGACUGCAUCAUCUGCAUGGAGAAGCUGGCCUCCCCCUCGGGCUACGGCGACGCGUGCGAGUGCAGCACAAUCAAGCCGGAGAUGGUCGGACGCCUGACCAGCUGCCAGCACUCCUUCCACAUGCUCUGCGUGCUGGCCAUGUACUCCAACGGGAACAAGGACGGCAGCCUGCAGUGCCCCUCCUGUAAGACCAUCUACGGAGAGAAAACCGGUACUCAGCCCAAGGGGAAGAUGGAGGUCUCCACUUUCCCCCAGUCCCUCCCUGGCCACAAGGACUGUGGGACAAUCCAGAUCGUGUACCACAUCAGCAGAGGCAUUCAGGGCCCCGAGCACCCCAACCCCGGGAUGCCUUACACAGCAAGAGGCUUUCCUCGCUACUGUUACCUGCCAGACAACGAGAAAGGCAGGAAGGUCCUGGAGCUCCUGAAGGUGGCCUGGAAGCGACGCCUGAUUUUCACAGUGGGUACCUCCAGCACCACCGGCGAGAGCAAUACAGUGGUGUGGAAUGAGAUCCACCACAAGACGGAGAUGGACACAAACCUGAGCGGCCACGGCUACCCUGACCCCAACUACCUGGACAAUGUGCUGGCAGAGCUGGCCGCCCAGGGCGUCACCGAGGACUGCCUGAGGAAAUGAGCUGGGGCUGGGGGGCGGUUGUGCCGUGCACAUCUCGGGGCCCCCAGCCUGGGAGCCCACCCAGUGCACUUAUUCCUGUUGCCUUAAGUUCCUACGUCUGACUGCCUGUCACACUAAGCAAUAACACUGUAACGCAGGGCUCCUG